AGAGGCUAUGCAAAAGAUAGAGAGAUGAGAUGUUCUUCCUCCCAUAAUAAGGCCAUCGGAAUUGGCUAUGUCCUACACACCAUUCCGAUUCACGCUAAUCAUAAUACUUCCUCAUCUGUUUCAGGACAAUUUCGCCACUUAACCUUGAAAAACCCACUUCGUUUCCAUACCAGUGCUUCCCCAUCUCCUUUCACAGUGAGCUGUAGAGAGAAAAGACGGGAUGAUAUUCCUAUGUCCCCUACUUCAGCUUACGAUGUCCUGGGAAUCGUACCGGGUUGUUCUUCCGACGAGCUAAAAGCCGCUUUCCGAACCAAAGUAAAAGAGUUCCAUCCGGAUGUGAGAAAAGAUGUUGGGGAUUCGGAUUUUAUGAUACGUCGAGUUAUUGAGGCUUAUGAGAUACUAUCCAAGUAUAAUAAAACAGAGAUCAUUGAGAGGGAAUGUCUUGAUCCUUUUGACAAGCCAGAAUGUGAGGCAUAUGAUAUCUUUGUUAAUGAGAUUAUGUGCAUUGGCAAUGGAUGUCCAUAUUCAUGUGUACAAGCAGCAGCUCAUGCCUUCUCAUUCACUCCAUCAACCAGAACUGCUCGUGCAACUUCUCAAGGACAUGGUGAAGACUAUAAAGUCCAGCUUGCUGUUGGGCAGUGCCCAAGAAGUUGUAUUCACUAUGUAACACCUUCACAGAGAAUCAUUCUGGAGGAACUACUAGAUUGUAUCUUGGGUAUGCCAUUUGAUACAUCUGUUGAAGCCGAGUUACUCUAUUCCCUCAUUGUAAAAGCAAAAUUUGAAAACAACCGUUAUCGGAAGCCUAAGAAGCAAGAAAAAGCUUCCACCGGAAAUGUAGACUGGCUUUAACAUUUGUAGACUCACAUUUUUUGAGGAAAUCAAAGAAUACAGGGUAUUAUGUUAUUGUCUUUAGUUUUCUCUUUUUUGAUUGUAGAUAUUUAUUUAAAUCGAUGUUUGAUUUAUUUUAAUUUUCGUUUUUGGUGGAAUUUAUGCCCCGCAUCUAUAGUUGAAGGAUCCUUCCGAUCACAUUUUGACUUUAAAUGUUGUAGUUUUAAUCCUUGAUCCUUAAUUUUCUUUAUUGGAUAGAUUGUUGUUAGUGUGUUAUUGAUGGUCAUUGGCUGAUGAAAUAACUUUU